GUAAAAAGCUAAAAAAAAAAAGCAAUGUCAUUAACAUAGUUUAUCAUGUACUUUAGUGAUACAUACAUAAAAAAAGCAAUAUCGCUACAAAAACAUAAUUUUGUUUUUAAAUUGUUAUUGUAUUUUCGAUAAAUCCGUGAAGUCUCCGGCGGAAGCAGAGAGCGGUUUUUACAGUCGGUGGUGAAAGAAACAAGGUUUCAACUAUGGUGACUCUGACUCAUCGUCUCACUCUGCUUCUUCUUGUCACUACCGUCGUCGGGAUCUUCUCCUCCUCCUCUUCUCAGGUUCGCGCAACAAGUGAAACCAAUGCCAGGAUCGAAUCAUUCUCCUCGCCGUUCGCCACUGAUCUUGCAACACUGCAAACGCAAAUUGGCUACAAGUUUACCAACGUCGACCUUCUUCGCCGUGCAAUGACUCAUGGUUCCUACUCUCAAGAGAACAACAAAGCCCUGAGCAUCUUUGGAACCCAUAUCAUUGAAGCCUCGGUCUCUCUUCGUUUCCUGGCUAAAGACAUCGACAUCUCCUCGAAAGUGUUGACUCAUUUGAUAGCAGAGGUUUCGAAUGUGAAUUCCUCAUGUGCUCUCGACGGAAACCGGUUGGGUUUGGAGAGGAUCAUCAGGGUUUCUCGCAAGACGGAUGCAUCGAACUCGGCCAUACUUUGUGCUGGCUUUAGGGCAAUCUUUGGAGCUAUCGCUACUGAUUCUGGAUUGGUUGAUGACGCGAUCAAGACUUUCUGGAAAGUACAUGGAGAUCGAGCUGGAAAACUAGUGUCCAUGUUGUAAAAUUAGUGCUUUAAAGUCUGCUUUGUCUUCUUCGGAUGCCAAGUUCUAAAGACUCUCUGCUUGUAUGGUAAUCGCUUGCUUUCUUCUUUUCUGUUUGAUGACCAAUAACCAAAUAUAUUGGUUGAUGAUGUUAUGAGGAUGUAAAGGACCAAUUCAAUAGGCCCCACUGCAAUGAAAUGUUUCAACUUUCAACUAAAGAGGCUCAGAUUAAUUUUUUUUAAAAAAAGUUAUGGUUAA